AGAAACAUAUAUUCUUUGUUAGGGAAAUAAAAAAACAGCAGCAUUUAAAUUAAAUAUUUUACUGCUACAGCUAUCGUGGAAGUAAAAUCUCUGUGCUUUGUUGUUAGCAUCUAAUAUUACCCUGGUGAGCCUAAGUAUCAUGUCACAGCUCUUUCAAGUUCAAAGUUCAACAGUUAAAACUCUGAAGUGACACAGAUCCAUUUUUAAAUUUUAAAUUUGCUCACAUGGCUUGAACACCUUUUGUUGCAGCAUGUACAAAGGAAAUGUUAAUCAACAACAAGUUGGUUGUUGCUGAAUUAUCAGUUUAAAUUGAAAUUUAUUCGGCCUACGAUCAAUAGGUCAUAACACACCACUGAUGUUUGUAGGCUGUCAAGGUAGUGAGUCCCCAGGACCCACAGGUGGUCAGUGUGGUGAGUCCCCAGGACCCACAGGUGGUCAGUGUGGUAAGUCCCCAGGACCCACAGGUGGUCAGUGUAGUGAGUCCCCAGGACCCAGGACCCACAGGUGGUCAGUGUACAGUAGUGAGUCCCCAGGACCCACAGGUGGUCAGUGUACAGUAGUGAGUCCCCAGGACCCACAGGUGGUCAGUGUAGUGAGUCCCCAGGACCCACAGGUGGUCAGUGUAGUGAGUCCCCAGGACCCACAGGUGGUCAGUGUAGUGAGUCCCCAGGACCCACAGGUGGUCAGUGUAGUGAGUCCCCAGGACCCACAGGUGGUCAGUGUAGUGAGUCCCCAGGACCCACAGGUGGUCAGUGUAGUGAGUCCCCAGGACCCACAGGUGGUCAGUGUAGUGAGUCCCCAGGACCCACAGGUGGUCAGUGUAGUGAGUCCCCAGGACCCACAGGUGGUCAGUGUAGUGAGUCCCCAGGACCCACAGGUGGUCAGUGUAGUGAGUCCCCAGGACCCACAGGUGGUCAGUGUAGUGAGUCCCCAGGACCCACAGGUGGUCAGUGUAGUGAGUCCCCAGGACCCACAGGUGGUCAGUGUAGUGAGUCCCCAGGACCCACAGGUGGUCAGUGUAGUGAGUCCCCAGGACCCACAGGUGGUCAGUGUAGUGAGUCCCCAGGACCCACAGGUGGUCAGUGUAGUGAGUCCCCAGGACCCACAGGUGGUCAGUGUAGUGAGUCCCCAGGACCCACAGGUGGUCAUUUGAGUGCUAACAUUCAGCAGGGAGUCACCUGCCCUAUAGAAAGCUUCAGAGUCAUCCACCACUAAAACGAGUUUAGUGAUCACUCUCAUACCUCUGAACUCAGCUGCUGCCCCUUCUAGUCUCUCACAUUUUACCAAAACAGAAAUCAAUACAUUUAAGAAUAACUUCAUUUAUAGUCAACAUUCUGUAAUAUAUCUAAUUAUAUAUUUUUCACAAUCUAAAAAGAACAUUUUUAAAUGAGAUUUAAUCCAUAAAUGAUCAAAUAAGCAAGUGUAUAAAUUUAAUAUUUCUUCUCUUAUUCUCUUUCUUUCUGAAGAGUUUUAAUGUUUUCCUUCUUACACAUCGAGACUAUGAACAAAAUUAGAUCUCGUCAUGUGAGAGACAUCUGUGCAGACGUGAGAAAAUAGAGGCCGCCAGUGAAAAUAUGUUUUGAACACUGUGGCUUGACGGUAAAGCAUUAUCAGGUCAUCAUCAACAUGUUCUUUCUGUUGACAAGGUAGUGUUAUAAAAGAAAAAAGGGUGUGUCUCCUGGAAACAUGAAUAGCAUGCUGCCAUACUGGAGGCUAAAGAGGUGUGACGGCACGACAUGUGACACAACCAGAGCGCCCUCUAGUGUGAGAUAUAACAUACACAUCCGCAGCGCUUUAUAAACACUAACAGCGAUAAGCGUUACGCACAGUCGCUGAGGUGGCUGAGCUCAUCCUCUGUCCCUUUUACACAGACGUUCAUUUGGCGCUGUUUCUACCUCCGCUGCCAGCUUUAAGGCGAGACAACUCUGUCCACCCAUUACACGAUCGUACCUUUUGUAAAGAACAGCGAAUACUGCAAAAUUCCUGUCUUGAACAGGAAGCAUAGAGGCAACUAAUGACAGCUGAGGUGUGAGUGAUGACAAACAAUAUUCUUGGCCAAAGUAAAGACAAGUUCAGAGUAUUUAAUCUCAAAUCUUUCCGCUGAGCAGCUUGUGUUAGAGUAACAAAGACUGUCAGGUAGCUAAAGUUACUACACUGAGUGCACAGGCACAUUUUUAGUCUUGUUUACGUACUCAAUCAGAUAAUUCCUGAUUUCCCAAAAUAAUUUUGUAAAUUUUACACUGCAUAUAUUUAGGAUAAGUUCCUGUAUGGCUGCUUGCACAGAAGAUGCUGUAAUCCAGAUGCAUCUGAACAUGUUUUGGGAGAAAAACAUGAAGGAAUGUCACCAGCAAAAAUGUACUGUUUUGAUUAUUGGUUCAAAAACCUCAAGAAUAUAUAUGAGCAGCAGGAUUUAAAAAAAAAAAAAAAAAUCAAACAAUACCCAGACGUAGAUCAAAGCUGCGCUGGUAGUAGUAAAGGAAGAAAGGAAACAUGCUCCUCACAAAAUAUCCACUAAAGUUGUUCAGAGUUAGUGAGAGAAUUCUGAGAAGGCCGAUAUGUCAAGACUUAUUUUGUGAGGAUUCUGUUGAAGGCUACUCAAGUCCUACAGUUACACCAUGCACGACUGCCCCGUCCCAAUGAACACUCACAACACAAUAUCUGUUUGAUUCUCGCUUCUUCUUGCUCACUGUGAAUUGUCCAUUCAUAUUAGCACAAGAGGAAGAUAACCAGCAGCCGCCUCCCCCAGUUCCUGUUUUCAUUACUGCUAAGAGUUAGCUGUACAACCCAAACCACAGGAGCUGUAGAAUGUACAUGUACAGUUGAUUAACUCCUUCCUUUAACAGCACUUACAAAUAGCUGCUAAAUCAACAAUAAUCUGUAGUAAUAAAUGAUUUCAUUACAAAAUUUAAAUUGCAGAUGUUUACGUCUGUCCUUUAUGGUAUUAAUGUAUGAGCUUUUUUUGCAAAUCGUUAUUUUGAUCCUAAGAAUUCUGCAACAGAGAUGUGUCUAUGGAGGACCAAACACCCCCAAACAAAUUAACUAGCCAGAGUUACAGCUGUGGGCUCAUGCCGACCUGCAUGUAAACCACAGCCAUGCUGUAAAAAUGCAUCACUUAUUCUGUUUUGAACAGACUUAAGUGGCAAAGCAGCAAAGGUACAACUUGACAAGCCGCAACAAGCGCAUCAUUAUGUCUCAUCAGCAGAAUAAGGAGAGCCUCUCCGAUCACAGUAUAUGUGCCAGGUUGUGUGUUUUAUGAUAUUCACCCACUCAGACAACUGUGUUACCGAUUUAUGAAUUUAAAUAACACUAAAUAUUGCACUACGUGGGUGAGAGAGGACUAAUUGUUUUCUGCCCACACACGUUCUUUUCUUUGACUUAAUCGAAGGCAACCACUGAAGUUUUCAUUAAUUCAGAAUAUUACUGUGACGGGUUGUAAUCACAAACCUUGACUACCCUUUAACACACGUGUUUAUACUGUAACUGCCAGUAAAGACGGAGCUGUGUCAGUGCAGUGACACUGAAAGGAUAGGUUUAAUACAAAGUUCAUCAUUAUGCCAAAUGUAUGUUGAUUCAUUGCUUACAGUAGUUAUUGCUCCUGUCCACACUGGCUGUGACGUGAUCCCUGUUAAUGCCACUGUACUGUAAAUCUCUGCAGAUGCAAAUAUGAGGCGUCAACAGUCGGAGUUUUCCCAAUAGUGCACCUACAGGAGUAGCAGUACAAAUUCCAUCUGUGUGCUUCCCCACGAAGCAUUUCCUCUGUGAGUCGUGGCGGGAAGGUACUUUCUCGUGGUUGGAUCCACAUUUGUUGCUAGUAUACAACAAAAAGAGGACUUGAUUUGACUCUCUUUACUGCUAAAGCCCCAUAUCAGCAUCAGCUGAACUUUAGAACGCAUUUUUGAACUGAGGGAUUAUGGAUUGUGACGGCCAAUAAAGCUGUCUUCAACACAGUAUGUCAUUUUUGUCAAUAAGGUUCUCUCGAUCAAAACAAUAACUUAAGACAAACUUUGAAGACAUUGUGAAGCAGUGUGAGGGAGACAUAACUGUUUAACACCUCUUUUGCCAAUGACAAUCUGUCUGACCUGUCUCAGGUAGAAAUUAUGUUCACGGACGAGUUAAUGUAUUAAAGUUAAGUUUCAUUCAUGUUGUGUUUAUUCACAGUAACUGCUCAUAUUAGGUAAGGAAUUCAAUCACUGAGCAGCCCAGCGCUGUUAUCAGAGGUCAAAACAACUUCAAACAACGAUCAGUGAGCUUAUAAAUUUAUUCUAACAGCACAAAUUUACCAUACGCAUCAGCUGACAUGUCAUAGUCAUAGUAGCACAUCAUAGUGUGACAUAAAAAUGCUGUUUUACUUGUAAUGAGUAUGAUGCUGUGACAUUGUUUAAGGCCUACCUCACUACAACAUAUCAUCUGGUCUUUAAUGUGUUUCCCCAGAACUUAGAGCAAGUAGAGGGGGUAAAGGGGAUGUGACGCCAUUGACAGGCAACCAAAUGAAACGCUCAAUUACCUUGAAUAAAAUUGCGGAUUUCUCUGGGUUUGAGUACGACAAGAAAUAUUUGGAAUACUGUUUGGUCGAGUUGUUUUUUUAGACAUAUUAAUGUUACAUAACAAUAUCUUUGAGCCCUGCGUGAAAGAACACAGCCUCCUCCUUAAUUUGCAUCAAGCCAGUGCGAUAACUCAGCAGGGACGCUAACGCAGGGGUGUCAUCUAACAACUACUGGUUCUACAGACGCAACAUAAUGAGACAUCAUUCGGUGAGGUGCUGCAGAGGCCAACAGAACACUGGACAAAAAAGUGGGCGCCGUAUUUCAACAGUUUACCUCGUGAUUGAAAGAUAAAACGUGAUGUCAUGCGGCCGCUUGUAAAAUUCAGUCUGCUAGUAUUUUAAAUCACUGCGCAUGUUUUGGCAUCUGAUAAGCCUUCAAACUCACAGAUCUGUUGCACAAAGCAAACUUGGUGAAUCACAUUUCAUUGUUUGACAGGCACCUGAAGCUGCACACCAGCAACAGUGCAGCCUCAUGUUUAUGGCCUCAAUGCCCACUUACUCUUUCAGCAUACACGACGUGUGACGACUGUAUUAAGACAGACGUUUGAACAUUUCUGAAACUAACCCUCAAGUCUUGUGUUU